GGUCGGAAAAAAAAAAUCCACUAUGUGCCAACAUUUCUAUUCAGUUGAGCUUGUUGUUUCAUCCAACUCCCUCCAUUUCUACAGUCACGUUUGAGUUCUCUCUCUCUAUCUCAACAAUCUGUUGCAGAGAACCACCACUAUCUCCACCCUAUUUCGCCGUCCUCCGCCAUCAAAGGGACAUUUGGAAGCCUUCAAAGACAUUGAAUCUACCACUAAGGAGUUAUGGAGAAUUCAUGUUUAAAAAUUUGAAACUCCUGAUUGCCUUUCAUGCUGACAUCACUGCGUAUGAGACGAAUCAUCACUUCAAACACACACAAAUUAACCUUCUUUCACUCCUCUCCCAAACUUGAACAACAACAACCUCUCACAAGAACCCAACUCAAAACCCUUGUUCUAAACAAUUACACAAAUGUCACCAACUUCACUAACCUCUUCCAAAACGUCGUUGCUUCACCCUCCGUCCUUUUCACCGCCUCCCACAACAUCUCCACAACCCAAAACGCACCGUUUCAUCCAUACUCCCUUGUUCAAGAGCUUCGCGAAAACCGGUUCGAUGUGGCUGCAUGCUGCUUUACAAUCACCCAAAACGGUUCUUCCUUGGUUUUACCCAAUUUGAAACUCAAGGUUGUUAUUGAAGCCGUUAGGAUGGUACUGGAAGCUGUUUACGACGAAAGAUUCGUCACUUUUUGCUAUGGUGGACGUGUUGGGAUGGGAAGACACACUGCUAUAAGGUAUUUGAAGAACACUCUUCAGAAUCCUACUUGGUGGUUUACUGUUAGGUUUAAGCCUCAUAGAUUUGAACAUGCCCAUGUUGAAAAGUUGUGUUUUUUCGUUGAACGUAAGAUCAAAGAUUGCAUUUUUAUUGAUUUUAUUAAGAGGUUGUUUGAAUGUAAGGUUUUGGUGAUUGAAUUGGGUGGUAAUUGGUUAGGAAAAGGGCUUCCUCAGGAAUGUGGUUUGUGUUCUAUUUUGAUGAAUGUUUAUUUUGAUGGGUUUGAUAAAGAGAUUCAAGAGACGCGGCUUCGAGAAAAUCAAGAGAAUCGUGAAUUGGAUAUGAAGAUGGUUGGUUCUGGUUUGGGAUCUGAUGUGUUUUAUAAGCCGGUUAAGGUGUAUGCGGUUAGGUAUUUGGAUGAGAUACUCGUUGCUACUUCGGGGGGAUCCAAGUUGUUGGCUAUGGACUUGAAGAUGAAGGUUGUUAAAAGUUUGGAGCUUGGUUUGAGUUUGCGGGUUGAUAAAUUGAACACGGCUAUUCAUAGCGCGGUGUCAGAGAAGAUUGAGUUUCUUGGGAUGGAAUUGCAGGCUGUUCUGCCCUCGAUUUUACACCCACCUAUGUCAGAGAAAGCGAUCCGAGCACGGAAGAAGUACCUUAGACAAAAGGAAGUUAGAGCUAUUGAGUUCAGAAAUGCCAGGGCGAGGAAUAGGAGGAUAUUGGGGUUGAAGAUAUUUAAUCAUUCUUAUAAGAAGAUGAAGCAGAGUGAUGGGUUUAAGUUUGAUUUUAGUAUUGAAAACGAAGUCCGGGAAAUUUUUAAAUCUUGGGCAGAUGAAGUAGUGCAAGAGUUCUUGGGGAGUGUGGACGAGUGUCAAGAAUGGCAUCGGAGUUUAACAGCCGGUGAUUUCCUUUCCUUGAGACACAUUCGAGAUCAGUUACCGCCUGACCUUGUUGUUGCUUAUGAUAAGUUCCAAGAACAGGUAGAUAAACAUUUGAAUCCUGUAAAACUUAGGAAAGUAAUUGAGGACAAAGAAAGGAAAGAAAACCAAGAGGAAGAACAAAAAUAUUCAAAAGGAACAGUUGAGGAUUUGACUAGGUUCUGUAUAAAAGUAGAUGCACCAGUAGGACUCAUAAGAAAAGCUGUGAGGUUGGUUGCUUUUACAAAUCAUAUGGGUCGUCCAAGGCCUAUUGAUUUCCUCAUUGCUCUUGAGGAUGCUGAUAUUAUUAAAUGGUAUGCCGGCAUAGCAAGAAGGUGGCUUGACUUCUUCUGCUGUUGCCACAACUUCAAGGUGGUCAAAACUAUUGUAAGUUAUCACCUGAGGUUCUCUUGUAUCUUGACAUUAGCAGAAAAGCACGAAUCCACUAAGCGUGAAGCUAUAAAGCAUUUUAGCAAAGAUUUGAAAGUCUAUGAUAUGAAUGGAAUUAAUGAAAUACAUUUUCCCACAGAGAAGGAGGUUAAGAUGAUGGGAGAUAGAAAUCUUUUAGAUCCAAAACCUGUAGAUGGGGUUUUAUCGUUGGCAACAGUAAGACUGGCAUCUGACGAGCCUCCCACACAUUGUAUUGCUCAUUUCUGUGACAAGACAACUACAGUUUUUUAUCGGGUCCGAUUGCUACAAAACAGUUUGAAUGUGAACCCAUUGGAGAAAGAAAAAUGGGUGCAAGGGAUGGGAGUAAUUCAUGAAAGCCUGAACCAGAAGUGCCUCCCACUCUGUACAAAUCAUAUACAUGAUUUUUACUUGGGGAGAAUCACUUUUCAAGACAUUGACUUGUGUGGAUGUAGACUGACCGACGACUGCUGUUGCUAACUCAUUUUUUAGUUUGGCAACACAGAAAUCGGUAAUGGAUAUGGUGUACCUGGAGGAGGUGCCUAUAAUGAUGUUUCCAAGCUUGAUGCUGAUGAUGCUGGUAACGAUGCAUCUGGUCAGCCUGAAUCUAUACUUGAUAGAUGUUCAGAGCAGAAACCUGCAGCUAAAGAACUGCCAGAGUACCUCAAGCAGAAGUUAAAAGCUCGGGGUAUUCUUAAAGAUGAUAGACAUACCGCAGAUCUUAAAGGUACUUCAGGUGAAUUUAUGGGAAAUGAAAAGUUGCCUCCAGGAUGGGUGGAAGCAAAAGAUACAGGAAGUGGUGUAUUCUAUUAUUAUGAUUAAAGUACCGGGAAGAGUCAAUGGGAAAAGCCCUGUGAAGCAUCCUUAACUGAGCAAUCAACACCAUGUUUGGGUCUUCCAGAAAGUUGGGUGGAGGCAUUGGACGAAACAACAGUUGUUUCUUCUCAAGCUUUUCUGCAAUUGCCGCUUCAGAUCCUGCAUUGACAUCUCUGGCUCGUUACCUAAUUCAUGAUUCUUCCGAAUAUGUCACGGGUAACAAUUUUAUUGUUGAUUGUGGAGCAACCUUACCUGGUGUGUACCGAUUUAUUCUUCUUUGUAAAGAAUGUAUACAUUGUGCACCCCCCAAAAAUAACUUUGAUCAGCUUUUUUAGUUACAUGUAUUGGUAGUAUAUAUUUGAUCUUGUGAUCAUAGAAGAAUACCUCCUAAUAUAACAUUGUUUAGAGAGUGAUUGAUUGUGAAACACAUCAUGCAGUGGUUAGAAUAAUUUAUCCUGUUUGUAGAAUACCAUCUAAUCAGGUGGAAAACUGUAUGCAACCAAUCGAGAAACUCUAAAUCGUGUCUGUUUUCAAUUUGAUCAUUUUUCUCCAA